AUGGGCUCCCAGGUCAGCGAAACCCCGGCGCUUGCCACGAACCCCAAGUUCAUCUUCUUCACCGACUUUGACGGCACAAUCACGCUCGAGGACUCCAACGACUUCCUCACCGACAAUGUCGGCUACGGCUACGAGAACCGCCGCGCCGGCAACCUGCUCGUGCUCGAGGGCAAGAAGCACUUCCGCGACAGCUUCCAGGAGAUGAUGGAUUCGGUCAAGAUGCCCUUUGACCAGUGCAUCGAGUACCUCAAGGCCAACGUCAAGCUCGACCCGGCCUUCAAGGAGUUCUACCACUGGUGCCGCGAGAACAACGUGCCCGUCGUCAUCAUCAGCGGCGGCAUGCGCCCCAUCAUCCGCGCCCUGCUCGUGCAGUGGCUCGGCGAGGCCGAGGUCGACGAGCACAUCCAGAUUGUCAGCAACCAGGUCGCCGCCCGCGAGGGCAAGGCCAGCAUCAACGAGGAGGGCGGCUGGCGCAUCGUCUACCACGACGACAGCAUCCACGGCCACGACAAGUCAAUUGAGCUGCGCAAGUACUCGUCGCUGCCCGAGCGCCCCGUCAUGUUCUACGCCGGCGACGGUGUUUCUGAUCUUUCGGCCGCGCGCGAGACGGAUCUGCUGUUUGCCAAGCGCGACAAAGAUCUGGUCGCGUACUGCGAGAAGGAGGGGAUCUCCUUCGUCACCUUCAACGACUUCUCCGACAUCCAUGAAACAGUCAAGCAGAUUGUCGAGGGCAAGAUCAGCGUCAAGGACGCCGCGCGGGGACGCAUCCACUAG